AUGGAAGUGGAGGACUUCCCAGGGAUCAGUGUACAUCAACAAGAUGUCAUCAUCUUCUCGGCUUCAAGACAGGGUCAAUUGAAAUUCCCCGAGGAUCAAAUCGAAUCGAUAACAAAAAACUUCGUUCACUGGAGCACCUUAUAUGUUUUGCCUGAAAUCUACGAUGCAGCGCGUUGCAUUAAUGAAUUGAGUAAAAAAUUGAAUUCCAUGUGCCUUUUCUCCCUCGACCGAGGAAAAGUAUUACCUCUAAAAGAAUUUGAAGCGCAACAAAUUCAAAGCACAUUAACUGUCAUUAAAUACAUUCGAGAAGAGUGGGUUGACAGAAUUAUUCAAUCUGUGACGAUGCAAUUCCGUGACAUUGGAAAAGGUGCCUUUGAUCUUCGGCAGAAAACUCCCCACGUAUACGAUGUUAUCAAACUUCCACGUUUUAUCAAUAUGAUGACAUUACGCAUGCAGAAAAUUAUUAUAGAGAGAUUGGAUGAUGCAUUACUACUUUGCCACAAUGUCAAGCAACCUUGUGCCACGUUACUGCCAGGAUUGACUUUUCCACCCGAGUUAUAUCUCAGUUCUAUUGGAUUGCUUGACAAUGCAGUCUGUGCCAUUCGUGGGAAGCUCUCUCAAGCAUAUGAAAAAGCUGUCCUUCCACUGCAAGCUUAUGCAAAAGAAUUCAACAAAUACCAAGAAUUUCAUCUAAUGGAACCAGAAAAAUACAUAGCGCUAAUUGAAAAAGAGGAAAAUGCAACGGCUGCUAUUCAGGAAAAAAUAGCUUUCCACCGUGCGGCUCAAUCGGAAAUUGAAAAUACUGUACCUGACAAGAUCAUUAUCGGACCUUUCAUUAUCAAAGUAGCCAGAUUACGCAAUGUCCUUACAGAAAAACAUAAAAAUCUUUCCGUUCGGUUAUUAACGCUGUUAACUGACAAGUUGAAAAUGCAAUUAGACGACUUUAUGUUCGAAUACAGCGAAAUCCGACGAAAACUCAGAGAAGAUCCAAAAAGUAUUGAGGAGAUUUUCGAAACCCGAGAGUACAUAGAGAAUCUUCCACUGAGGAUCAGUACUUUGAGUGACGAUGUAAACAGAUUGAAAAUAGGGUAUGAAGUACUCGAGAGUUUCAAAUGGAAUGUACCCGAUGAGGAUUUUCAUACCAAGUGGCAGUGCAUUGGAUAUCCACGAGUGAUUAAUCAGCAGAUUAUCGAAACGAACGACUACUUAUCAGAAUGCGUUGAGAAAUUCUCGAAAGUAGAACUGGAUGAUGAGACGACAUUGUCCGAGAGAAUUAUCAUCGUUACUGGUAAUGUAGUGGAAUUAUUACGUCAAACAGAUGGUGACAAGGUGCAUGAGAAUGCUGUCGAUGCGAGGAGAAUAUGGAAAGCUCUGAAAAGCUGUCAGGAGCAAUCACUUCUGCUUAAUGAACGACGUAGAUUAUUUGGAAUGCCACCCAACGAUACAAACUCUCGUCUCAACGAAUUGGAACGUCAAUUCGAGCCUUACAAGACCCUUUGGUGUACCGCAUCAGACUGGCUGAAAGUUGAAGAAAUCUGGAUGGACAAUCCGUUGGCUACGAUUGACGCGGAUGAAAUGGAUUCUUUAGUCACUGAGAUGCAGAAAGCUGUAACCAAGUGCAAUAAAAUGUUUCAGGAUCAGCCAAAUAUGCUAUCAGUUGCGGUCGAUAUAGGAUGGAAAAUAGAGUCUUUCAAGCCGUACGUCGGUCUCGUGAAAUCCCUGAGGAAUCCAGGACUAGAAGCUAAACACUUGGAGGAAAUAAAUAGCCGGACAGGAAUUAAAGUUGUUCUCACUCCACCGUCGAACCUCAAGGGUCUUCUGGACCUUGGAAUUAUGGAUUUCAAGGAUACAAUUGCUGAGGUGUCAGACAAAGCGACACAGGAGUACACCAUAGGUUCGGCUUUGGAUAAAAUGAUCGCUGAGUGGGCGUCUGUGAAGAUGGAUAUUCUGAUUUAUAAGGAAACUGGCACUUGCAUAAUGAAAGUAUCUGAUGAAAUAUUAAUUUUACUGGAGGAGCACAUUCAGGGAACUCAGCAAAUUGGAUACGGACCGUAUCGAGCUAUUUUUGAAAAGCGAAUGGAUGAGUGGGAGGGAAAAUUAAAAUUGAUACAAGAUGUUUUAAUGCAGUGGAUUAAAGUCCAGAAAGCAUGGAUGUAUUUGGAGCCGAUAUUUACUAGCGAAGAUAUCAGUCGGCAAUUGCCCAUGGAAGCCAGAAAAUAUAAUGCGAUGGAUCGGAAUUGGAGAAGAAUUAUGAAAAAAGCUCAAGAGUCUCCCAUUAUCCUCAGGACUUGUCCCGAUAAAACCUUAUUGGGCAGUUUGAAGGAAUGUGAAAAUCUCCUGGAGAUCGUACAACGCGGUCUUUCCAACUAUCUCGAAGCCAAACGCUCGGCGUUUCCCAGAUUUUAUUUUCUCAGUGACGAUGAGCUUCUGGAAAUUCUUGCGCAGACUAAAAAUGUUAGAGCUGUACAACCGCAUCUCAACAAAUGCUUCGAGAACAUGAGGGAAUUGAGGUUCGAGGAGAAUUCCCUGAUAACGAGAAUGUAUUCAGCGGAUGGUGAAGAGGUUGAGCUGAAAUACCCUGUCAAUCCAGUUGGACACGUGGAGGUCUGGCUGGGUCAGGUUGAACAAGCCAUGCAGAAUACUCUCAAAUGCAUAAUUGGAGAAUCAGUGAAUAAUUCUAUAACCGAAGGUUAUGAGGAGUGGGUGUAUCUUUGGCCGGGACAGGUCGUUAUCUGCGCCGACCAAAUAAUUUGGACAGCUCAGGUUGAAAAUGCUAUAAAUUCCAACUCUCUGACUGAAUAUUACAGAGUUAUGCUGGCUCAGCUGGACACACUCAGGGACUUGAUCAGAAAAAUGCCGACGCAAAUUCAGAGACUCAUGCUCGAAUCUCUAAUAACAAUUCAAGUGCACGCACGGGAUGUUGUCGCCAGAUUGAUUGAGAAAAAAGUUGGAAGUAUGGGGGAUUUCAAUUGGAAUUCACAGAUGCGAUAUUAUUCGGAGGACUCUGAUGUCAAAAUUCGUGUAGUGAAUGCCGAAUUUUUUUAUGGAUACGAAUAUUUAGGAAAUAAUGGGAGACUCGUUAUUACACCGUUGACAGAGCGUUGUUAUUUAACAUUAACUGGAGCAUUGCAUUUGAAAUUCGGUGGUGCUCCAUCUGGACCAGCGGGCACUGGCAAAACGGAGACAACAAAAGAUUUAGCGAAAGCUUUUGCUAUUCAGUGUGUCGUUUUCAAUUGUUCUGAUCAAUUGGAUUAUAUAUCAAUGGGAAAAUUCUUCAAAGGUCUUGCAAGUGCAGGUGCCUGGGCAUGCUUUGACGAAUUCAAUAGAAUAGACAUAGAAGUGCUCUCAGUAAUUGCGCAACAAAUUCUAACUAUUCAACAAGCCCAACAAAUGCGCUCCUCUCGAUUUAUCUUCGAGGGCUGUGACAUAUCAUUGAAACCGAUGUGCGCAGUAUUUAUUACGAUGAAUCCCGGUUACGCAGGACGCACAGAGUUGCCUGAUAAUUUGAAAGCCCUUUUUCGUCCAGUUGCUAUGAUGGUCCCCAAUUACGCACUAAUCGCCGAAAUUUCUUUAUUUUCAUACGGUUUUUCCGAGGCUAAAAUUCUCGCUGUUAAACUCACAAUGACAUUUAAAUUGAGUUCAGAACAGCUCAGCACUCAGGAUCAUUAUGAUUUUGGUAUGCGAGCUGUUAAAACGGUCAUUGCGUAUGCAGGGAAUUUAAAACGUCAGCCUGGAGAUCUUGAUGAAUUCAAAAUUUGUGUGAGAGCUUUGAGAGAUGUUAAUGUGCCAAAAUUUUUUAAGGACGAUUUGAAACUAUUUGAGGGUAUUUUAUCGGAUUUAUUCCCCGGCUUGGAAGCACUCGAGGCGAAUCACGAUUUACUAGAGACACAAAUUUCUGAGACAAUUCGAAAUCAGGGGCUCAUGGAAAUUCCGGAGCAAGUACUCAAAGUGAUUCAACUCUACGAAACGACAACUGUCAGACAUGGCUUGAUGCUGGUUGGACCAACGGGUACGGGAAAAACAAAGUGCUACCAAAUAUUGCAAGAUGCAUGUAAAAUGCUGCAAGGUCAGGUGGAAAAUUCCGGGUGUACUUUCGAGACAGUUGAAACAUUCGUACUCAACCCCAAAGCAAUUACACUUGGCCAACUCUACGGAGAAUUCGAUGUUGAUACACACGAGUGGACUGAUGGAAUUCUACCUUAUAUGGUACGAGCUGGAAGCUCUCUUAAUGAUAUUAAAAAAAAAUGGUACAUCUUUGAUGGUCCGGUGGAUGCUGUGUGGAUUGAGAAUAUGAAUACCGUAUUGGAUGAUAAUAAAAAAUUAUGUCUAACAUCGGGUGAGAUAAUUAAACUCUCGCCUCGACAGACAAUUAUGUUUGAAGUCGGAGAUCUCAGAGUCGCUUCUCCCGCCACUGUCUCCAGAUGUGGAAUGAUUUAUCUGGAAUGCGGAACCGUAACGCAUGAAGCAAUAAUUGAGUGCUGGAUUGAAUCUCUCCCUCCGGUAAUUACAAUGCAAGAAUUCGCAGUCGAACUGUCGGAAUUAACUUAUCAGUUGCUUCCCUCGGCCCUCACUAUUUUGCGCACUCAACUGAGGGAAAUAGUAACGACAGUCAAUGUAAUGAUGGUGCAGGCGUACAUAAACCUUAUCAAUUUAAGAUUUUCUCCAGAGCUGUCAGGGGAGGGUGAUUUGUUGACGCCCUGGGCAGCAUUUGCAAUUGUCUGGAGUGUUGGUGCUAGUUGUGACUCCGAGAAUCGUUGGGCUUUCAGUGAAUGGCUUAGAACUAUUCAGAAGAAUUACAAUCAUCGCACACAAUUUCCAGAUGAUGGCCUAGUCUAUGAUUACACAUUACAGGAAGGUUUUAUAGAUCCGUCCACACAAAAUUAUAUUUCCCCGAGAUGGGUAAAAUGGACGCAUGUCAUCGAAACGGAAGCCCCACCAGUACUGACUCAAUUUCACGAUAUCGAUGUACCAACCAUGGACUCAAUACGAGCCUCUACUAUCAUCGGAUAUUUACUCGUCAAUAAAUUAAAUGUUCUCGCUGUCGGUCCAACCGGAAGUGGAAAAACGGUUACGAUUUCAAGAAAAUUAUCAAGGCACAUGCCAGCAAAGUUCAUUACUGACUUCAUCAUUUUUUCAGCAAAAACAUCUUCUCGCAAAACCCAAGAUUUGAUUGAUUCCAAACUGGAAAAACGACGGACGGGUUGUUAUGGCCCUCCUGUGUCAAAGAGGCAUUUAUUUUUUAUAGACGAUUUAAACAUGCCAAUGUUAGAGCAAUACGGCGCACAGCCUCCCUUAGAACUUUUACGUCAAUUUCUGGAUUUCAAAGGAUGGUAUGACACAAGUGAAAUCGGUGAAUUUCGUGAGAUAUGCGAUGUGAAUAUAAUUGGAGCAAUGCAGCCUCCAGGAGGUGGUAGGAACUCAAUAAGUGAACGUGUAAUUCGACACUUCCACAUCAUCGUAUUUCCAGAAAUGGAGGACGAGGCCAAAAGAAAAAUUUACGGAACAAUAAUGAAAUCCUGGUUAGUGCGUGGUCCAUUGUCAAUUGAACUACUCGAUGGUAUCCUUAAUGCCACCCUGAGCCUCUACAACGCGGUGUCCCAGAAUUUUCUGCCGACCCCAGACAAGUCCCAUUACACUUUCAAUUUGCGCGAUUUUUCGAGAAUAUUUCAAGGAGUCCUCCUCGCUGAACCGGAGAAGAUAGACCUGUAUUGCGUGAUACUCCAGACCAGUGAGAAACUGCUGUCCCUGUGGUUUCACGAGGUUUCCCGAGUAAUGGGAGAUCGUCUAAUCAAUGAAACCGAUCUGCAGAGAUUCUCUGUAGUUCUACGACUGACACUCAAUGAAAAUUUCGGAGAAAUCAGUGCUCGGGGACUUUUUGAUGGUAAUCCAGUAUUAUUCGGGGAUUUUUGUGGACGAUAUAGGGAGUAUCAGAGGAUUAUCGACUAUCAAGAAAUGGAAUCUGUGUUCCUGCAAAAUCUGGAGGAAUACAAUGCGACAAAUAAUUCACCCAUGAAUCUUGUCCUUUUUGGAGAAGCUAUGAGUCAUUUAUGCAGGAUAAGUCGAAUUCUUCGACAAACUAGAGGAAAUGCUCUCCUUCUUGGUAUGGGAGGUUCCGGGCGACAGAGUCUGACGAGACUGUCAGCAUUUUUGGGAGAGCACAUGUGUUUUCAAAUCGAGUCAAAACGUUCUUACAGUAUCAACGAUUGGCAUGAUGAUAUUAAAUCCGUUAUGCUCAAGGCUGGAUUAUCGAGGCGAUCUAUCGUAUUUCUUUUUUCCGAUACUCAGAUAAAGGACGAGUCUUAUCUCGAGGACAUCCAUAAUAUCCUCAACAGCGGCGAUGUGCCGAACAUCUAUCAAAAAGACGAAAUGGAGAAGAUUUACAGUGAUAUGAGGGUGGAGGUUCAAGAGGCGGGACUUUCUCUCAACAGAACGAAUCUCUUCAAUUCAUACUUGAAGAACGUUAGGAAUAAUUUGCAUACCGUUAUUGCCAUGAGUCCUAUCGGUGACGAUUUUCGUCGACGCUUACGCCAAUUCCCGGCUUUAGUGAAUUGUUGUACAAUCGAUUGGUUUCAUCCAUGGUCUGAAAAGGCUUUACAGAGCGUCGCCGUUCGAUUUAUCGGAGAUAUUCAGGAUGAUCAAGUUACCGGUGAAGCCCUGGACUCCAUCGUUGCAACGUGUCAAUUUAUGCACUCGUCGACGAUUGAAGCUAGCCAGAAGUAUUUUCAGGUACUGAACCGCCAUAACUACGUGACACCAGUUUCAUACCUGGAAAUGCUAUCGAACUACGGAAAUCUCUUGUAUGCCAGAAAGAAAAGUCUGACGAUGGAGAUGUCUCGUUUAUCUACUGGGCUCAAUAAAUUAUCAGUGACUGAAUCAGAGGUCAAAGAGAUGCAGGUGACGCUCGCCGAGAUGAAACCAGAAUUGGAAAAAGCUACAGUAGCUACAUCGGAGAUGAUUGAUCGCAUACGUGAGGACACUGUUGAAGCUGAGAAAACCAAGAGUCUUGCUGAGGAGCAGCAAAAAGAGGCUGCCAAAUUGAAACGAGAGAAUGAAGCUAUUCGCAAUGAAGCAAAUAUGGAGUUGAGCCAAGUGAAGCCGAUGCUCCAGGCGGCUGAGGCCAGUUUGAAGGCACUAAAUAAGGGAGAUAUCACCGAGGUCAAAGCCAUGAAGAGACCUCCUGUUGGGGUUGUUCUCGUCAUCGAGGCCAUGUGCAUCGUCCAGGAUGUCAAACCCCUCAAAAUACCCGGUAGACGUCCAGGUGAAAAAAUUCUGGAUUACUGGACCCCUGGAAGUCAAUUACUGUCGGACGCAGGUCAUUUUCUCCGGGAGCUCGAGAGUUUCGAUAAAUCAAGGAUCACCGAAGAUAUGAUAAAUAAAUUAAAACCGUACAUAGAAAAUCCGUCGUUUCAUCCGAGUAAAAUUAUUCAAGCCUCGAAAGCCUGUCACUCGCUCUGUCUCUGGAUGCAUGCGAUGUACAAUUGGUACUUUGUUAAUCUCAAAGUCGAGCCAAAAAUGGAGGCACUGAAAAAUGCUGAGGCAAGUCUUUUGGAGACUGAGAGACAGUUAAACAUGGCAAUGGAGGAGUUGAGACAAGUUGAGGAGGGGAUUCAGAGGCUGGAGGAUGUACUUCAUAUGGAGAUCGAUAAGAAAACUAAACUGGAGAGAGAGGAACAGCUAUGCGGGGAGAGAAUGUCAAGGGCUGUCAGACUGAUAAAUGGUCUGGCUGAUGAGCAGAAGAGGUGGAUAACUGCCAUUGGUGAUAUAAUGAUCUUGUAUAACAAUGCUGUCGGUGAUAUUCUCAUAUCGUGCGGUGGAAUCGCUUAUCUCACUCCCUUCACUGAUGAUUACCGACGCGAUUUGUUGAACUCGUGGACAAGAAAUUUGGAGAGCAUUUCCUUGAGUGAUGAUCACUCAGCUGUUGCCGUUUUGGGCGAUCCUGUGGAAAUUCAGCAGUGGCACAUCAACGGUCUUCCCAGGGACUCAUUUUCCGUGGAGAACGUCAUCCUCUCGAGAAAUGCUAAUCGCUGGCCACUUUUUAUAGAUCCACAGCGACAGGUCAACAAGUGGAUUAAAAAAACUGAAAAAAACGCGGGUUUAUUAAUCGCCCGGAUGACUGAUAGGGAUUUGGUGCGUGUAGUUGAGACGUGCGUGAAAUUUGGUCGACCCUGUUUAAUCGAGAACGUGCAAUGCGAAUUGGAAUCAACGAUCGAUAGUGUCUUGAUGAAAAAUGUCUUCUCCUAUGGUGGCCAAUUGUCGAUAAAAAUUGGAGAUAAUGUUGUCCCCUAUAAUGAUCAAUUUCGGUUAUAUUUAACCACUAAAUUACCCAACCCUCACUAUCCACCGGAAAUUAGCGUUAAAGUGCUGCUGGUGAAUUUUGCCUUGACCAAAAGUGGACUGUUGGACCAAAUGUUGUCAUUAGCGGUUUUACAAGAACGCCCGGAGUUGGAAGCAGUUAGGAGGGACAUAAUAAUUUCGUGUGCAGAUAUGAAAAGGGAUCUUAAAGAUAUUGAAAAUAAAAUUCUGGAUAAAUUAUCGAAAUCGGAAGGUUCUGCUGUCGAUGAUAUUGAUCUCAUUGUUACACUUGAAUCUUCCAAACUAAAAAGCGAGGAGAUUAAGAUUAAGGUUUCCUCUGCAGAAGCAACUCAAGCGGAUAUUGAUCAAACACGAUCUGCGUAUUUGCCAGUUGCCAAUCGAGCGCAAAUACUAUAUUUCGCAAUCUGCGAUUUGAAAACCAUUGACUUCAUGUAUCAAUACUCAUUAGAAUGGUUUACGAAUAUCUACACAGAGAGUAUUAUCAAUACUGAGAAGUCCAACGAGAUUGAAGAACGUAUUAACAUGAUAAACAACGAGUUAACAUUCUCAACAUAUUCCAAUGUCUGUAGGAGUUUAUUCGAAAAGCAUAAAUUGCAUUUUGCAUUUCUUAUUUGUAUCAGAAUAUUAAUCGAUGCAGAUUCUGUGAUCACGGAUGAAUGGAGGCAUUUGCUGUCGGGCGGAACUCCUCCGCAACAAAGUACGAAUCCAGCGCCUCAAUGGCUUCCCGAGCGCUCUUGGCAGGAACUCCAAGCCUUAAAUAUACUGCAAGAAUUUAAAGACUUUACGGAAUUAUUUCGUAAUCGUUUGCCAGACUUCAAAAUUCUGUACGACUCAAAAGAACCCGAAUCAGAAAAGGAACUGGACUCGCUGACCAAAACCGAUUUCCAUAAAUUACUGGUCAUAAAAUCCCUCAGACCAGACCGACUUAUCCCUGCGAUCCAAUUAUUUGUUAAUAAAUAUCUCGGUAGGCAGUUCAUAGAGUCGCAGAGUAUUCAGUUAUCGAAUAUUCUUCAAGAAUCCCAUCCUAGAACACCGAUAGUUUUUAUACUGUCCAGUGGAACGGACCCUGCGGCGGAGUUGUACGUUCUAGCUGAGGGUGAGGGGAUGAAGAAGAGAUUUUUUACGAUAUCCCUUGGUCAAGGACAAGGACCACGAGCUGAGUCGAUCCUGCGACAAUCUCUGGAAGUGGGGAAUUGGGUUUUCUUUCAGAACUGCCACCUCGCACCGAGUUGGAUGCCCCGUUUGGAUGCGCUUAUCGAGUCAUUUCCUGAUAAUGUCCACCAGGAUUUCCGUUUGUUCCUCACCAGUACACCGACUUUGAAUUUUCCUCCGACGAUAUUGGAAAACUCGAUGAAAUUAACUGUUGAACCGCCCAGAGGCAUCAAAGCGAAUAUGUAUCGAGUGUACAAGACGCAAAUCCCUCAACUCCAGGAAUUAUUCACAGCAGAGGGUGUGAAAGUGAAAGAACUGAAAUCAUUACUUUAUUCUCUCUGCUUAUUCCACUCGAUUCUUCUGGAAAGAAGGAAGUACGGAUCAUUGGGUUUCAACAUCCCCUACGAAUUUUCCGACGGUGAUCUCGCAAUAUGUAUCUCCCAGCUACAAAUGUUUAUCAUGGAAUACACCGAAAUUCCCUUUGAGGUAUUAAUAUACACAGCUGGACAUGUAAAUUACGGAGGAAGAAUUACAGACGACUGGGACAGGCGAUGUGUUCUCACACUCCUCCAGGAUUUUUAUAGUUCCGAAGUUCUGGGUGAAGAUUACAGAUUUGACAUAAAGGGAUUAUAUCCACAGGUACCAACUAGUCACCCAGAAUUGUGUACGUAUGACAGCUAUUUGAACUCAAUAAUGCAAUUACCUCUCAAUGAUGAACCAGAAAUAUUUGGUCUGCAUUACAACGCCGAAUUAAGUUAUGCGACUUCUGAGGGUUAUUAUUGCACAAAUAAUCUCGCAGCAUUGCAACCCCGAUCCACUGAGGGAUCAGCUGGGGGUGAAGCCGCAAUUCGUACAAUUGCGGAUAAUCUUAUGGAUAAAGUACCGGAAUUAUUCGAUGUUAAAAUUAUUCAGGAACGCCAUCCAGUACUUUACGAAGAAUCCCUCAACACAGUCUUACAAUUAGAGACAAAGCGUUACAAUGCUCUGAUGAAAAUUGUCUCUAGCUCAUUGGGUCAAUUAAUAGCAGCACUGAAAGGUGAAAUAGUCAUGAAUGACAUGCUUGAAACAAUGGCGAGUAAUUUGAACAUGAAUAAUGUACCUGAACAGUGGAAGUCCCGAGGAUACCCUUCAUUAAAACCCCUUGGGGCAUGGAUGUCAGACUUGAUCGAGAGAAUUCAGUUCAUGAAAAAUUGGAGCGAGAGGGGAAUGCCCGCGUCAUUUUGGAUUUCUGGAUUUUUUUUCCCGCAGGCGUUAUUUACAGGAGUCUUGCAGAAUUUUGCUCGAAAACACUCACUCCCAGUGGACACGAUUGAUUUUUCGUAUCAAGUCCUGAAAAACUCGCCUCAGAGCCCGGAAAAAGAUGGUUGCUGUUUGUACGGUCUUUUCCUCGAAGGCUGUCGAUGGGAUGGAAAUACUCUCGAGGAGUCUCUACCAAAAGUCCUGCAUUCAGACAUGAAGCCGAUUAUGCUUCUGCCAGGGCGAAUUAAAAAAUCUCCAGCCCAGGGCGUUUAUAAUUGCCCUGUCUACAAGACCCUUACGCGGUCUGGUACUCUCAGCACCACAGGACAUUCCACGAACUUUGUCCUUUGUAUGGAAAUUCCCAGUUCGAGGGUAGAGACACAUUGGAUUAAAAGGGGAGUGGCGUUGAUAUGUGCUUUGGAUUACUGAACUCCCUCUUCAUGAUAUCAUUUCUUUCUUUUCGCAAUGCUGAUAAUCUUUGUUAUC